CAUUUAGAUAGGGAGACCAAAAAAAAAAAAGAUGAGAGAGGGACCUUUCCUCUCUCCUCCUUGAGCCUUGUGUUGUCGAUGAUGAUGUCCCUACCUCACACGCAGCAAAGCUCUCCCCUCCUUGUUCCUUGUCCCUUGCUCUUAAGCUCCAUCUCGUGGUUCUCAAGCAAGCUGCUGCUUAUAAAGAUAACCCUGGCAACAGUUUCCUCAUGCCGACAACAGCCCUCCAGCAAACAGUGCUGACACUAUAUAUACACACACACACUCGCACACACACCCGUUUUCCAAUCUCCCAUUCGAUUCUGGAGUCCCCUCGUUCCAUUCUCGAGUCAUCCUCUCGGCAACAUGGCGUCGGGAUCGCUCUCACGUGGCUCGACCUCCUCGUGGACUCCGCAGCAGAACAAGCUCUUCGAGCGGGCUCUCGCGGUGUACGACAAAGACACCCCGGAUCGCUGGCAGAAUGUGGCACGAGCCGUCGGCGGAGGGAAGACCGCCGAAGAGGUCAAGAAACACUACGAGCUGCUGCUUGAGGACCUCGAGCACAUCGAGUCGGGUCGGGUGCCGUAUCCAAAUUACAAGUCUUCCGGCAGCCGGGACGGUGGCGCCGAUGAGGAACAGAGGUAGCCGUACAUCCACUUUCCACUGCUAAAGAGUGCACGGGCUUGUUUGAAGACCGGAAAAGAGUCCACUGAUCCUUCUUUCUCGACCUAAUUAUCUUCGUGUAUGGAAACCAAGAUCACAGUCGCUGUUGUGCCUCAUCCAUGAUGACGGAUCCCUGCCUGCCUUGUCUUCUCCCUCGUUCCGAGACCACCUUACCCUGUUCAAGCAUCAUCACGAGACUAAGUCGGAACGGUUGCUAUCAGCUGGGCAAAAUGCCAACCGGAAAAACCAACAUGGGUUCGCGCUUUGCAUGACACCGAGGACAUCGUCCCAACUCUACUCUGUACAAACUCCUCAUCCUUGUCUGGCUCCUGUUUCAUAUGACGCCGAGAACUACCCUCUCUCUGCCUCGAUCCAACCAUGCUUGAUCUCCAUGUAUGCCAUUCUAAACUCCAUCCCCCCCACCCAUUCGUCGGGACAGACAUGCCAAAACAAUAAGAAUUGCAUAGAUCCGAUAAGAUAUGGAUGGAUGGCUACCCAAAGAUCAUGACUGACACAAGCUUUUUAAUUAACUCGAUUUUCCUAGAGCUGCAUGAACUGGUGGUGCUUUUAACAUAGUAACUUCCCAUGGCGUGGUGCC